CCACAGCAGAGGCGAACGAGUCGCGGGACUGCAAGAUCCGAGCCCGAAAGAAGCGCUGUGGGAGCGGUACGAGCCGAGCUGCUCAGAAGAAGGCUCGGUGGGAGGAGCGCAGCGGCAGCGGUGCCCCGCGAGCGGCUUCGGUGAGUGCUGCCGAGCUUUGCAAUGGCGGAGAGAGGAAGGUGCUGGAGCCGGAGGAAUCAAGCCCUGCUCUGCACCGUCUUGGUGGCAGCGUGGGACGCGGCUUGGGGGCAGCUGCACUACUCGGUUCCCGAGGAGCUGCCCAAGGGCUCGUUCGUGGGAGACGUGGUGAAGGACCUGGGGCUGGAACUGCCGGCACUCCGCGACCGCGGCGUCCGAGUCGUCUCCAAAGGUAGGACACAGUAUUUCGCCCUGCAGGGGAAGACGGGCCAUUUGGUGACAGCUGAGAGGAUAGACAGGGAGCAGCUGUGCCGGCUAGUGGAGAAAUGCGUGCUGCGGUGUGAGGUGAUAGUGGAGGGGGAAAUGAAGUUUUACGAAAUCGAAGUGGAGAUCACGGACGUUAACGACAACGCGCCCAGCUUCCAGGAAAUGGAGCUGGAGGAGACAAUGAGUGAGAUGACAGCCCCGGGGUCGCGGAUUCCCUUGGCCAGGGCUCACGACCCUGACGCGGGCCCGAACUCCCUGCAGCGCUACGAGCUGAGUGGAGACGAGCACUUCUCGCUGGCCGUGCAGGCGGGUCCCGGCGGGGAUCAGCGUCCCGAGCUGGUGCUGGAGAAGGCGCUGGACCGGGAGGAGGCGGCGUUUCACGAGCUGGUGCUGAGGGCGAGCGACGGCGGAGAGCCUGCACGGACGGGCACGGCGCGGAUCCGCGUGGCCGUUCUGGACGCCAACGACAACGCGCCCGUUUUCAGCCAGGAGGAGUACACGGUGCGUGUGGCCGAGGAUGUGCCCGUGGGCUCCGUCCUCGUCACCCUCACGGCCUCCGACGCCGACGAGGGUCUUAACGGGCACGUGAAAUACUCGUUGAAAGAAAUGCAGCUGACAUCGGUUAUGUUUCAGCUGGACUCUGAGACGGGAGAGCUCACCUUGGUUCGCAGCCUAGACUUCGAGGAAGAUAACUCCUACGAACUAGACGUGCAAGCACGGGACAGCGGGGGCCUUUUCGGUACCACGAAAGUCGGGAUCGCUGUUACAGACGUCAACGACAACGCCCCCGAGAUUUCGGUGCGAUCGUCGCUGAGCGAGAUCUCUGAGGACGCGCAGCCGGGCACAGUGGUGGCCCUGCUACACGUGCAGGACAGGGACUCGGGGGCGAACGGCCACGUGCAGUUCUCGCUGGACGGGGGAGUCCCGUUCCGGCUCCAGAGCUCACAGGGCAGCUACUACAGUGUGUUGACGGCGGGGGAGCUGGACCGCGAGAAGGUGUCGGAGUACAACGUGACCGUGCGGGCGGUGGACGGCGGGUCGCCGGUGAAGGAGAGCAGCGCAGUGCUGGCGCUACGGGUGCUGGACGUGAACGACAACGCACCCGUGUUCGCGGAGCCGCGCUACAGCGCCCGGCUGGCCGAGAACAACGCGGCGGGAGCGCUGGUGCUGACGGUGCGGGCAACGGACGAGGACUGGGGGCAGAACGCGCGCGUGCGGUACCGGCUGUCGGAGGGGCGGGUGAGGGGCGCGCCGCUCUCGUCCUACGUGUCGGUGCAGGCGGAGACGGGAGCGCUGUACGCGCUGCGCUCGUUCGACUACGAGGAGGUGCGCGAGGUGCGGCUGUGGGUGUGGGCGGAGGACGGCGGCUUGCCGGCGCUGAGCAGCAACGUGUCGGUGGUGCUGGAGAUCGUGGACGAGAACGACAACGCGCCGCAGGUGCUGUACCCGCCGGCGGCGGCGCCUUCGGCGGCGGUGUCGGGCUGGGCGGGCGUGGAGCUGGCGCCGCGGUCGGCGGAGCCCGGGGCGCUGGUGGCCAAGGUGGUGGCGGUGGACGCGGACGCGGGGCAGAACGCGUGGCUGUCGUACGAGCUGGCCAAGGCGACGGAGCCGGGGCUGUUCCGCGUGGGGCUGCACAGCGGCGAGGUGCGCACGGCGCGCUUCCCGCUGGCCCGCGACGCGGCGCGCCAGAGCCUGGUGGUGGUGGUGAAGGACCACGGGCGGCCGGCGCUGUCGGCCACGGCCACGCUCACGGUGGUGCUGGCCGAGAGCGUGGCCGAGCUGCUCUCGGAGCUGGGCAGCGCGGCGGCGGUGCCGGGCGAGCCGGCCGCCAGCCUCACGCGCUGGCUGGUGCUGGCCGUGGCGGCCGUGUCCUGCCUCUUCCUCGCCUUCCUGCUGCUGCUGCUGGUCUUGCGCCUGCGGCACUGGCGCCGCUCGCAGCUGCUGGCGGCGACGAGCAGCUCCGCCUUGCGCGGCGUCCCGGCCUCGCAGUUUGUGGGCAUCGAGGGCGUCCGCGCCUUCCUGCACUCCUACUCGCACGAGGUGUCUCUCACCGCUGACUCUCGCAAGAGCCAUCUCCGCUUGUCCUCAGGCAGCUGCUGCGACACCCUCCCAGCCCGUCCGCCUCCUGAGGCUUCGGGUGAUCUCGUCCCUACCGGGGAUCACGUUGACGGCAAUGAUGGCCAAGUUUGCUUUCAGGUGCAGCUCCUGUAUGCACAUUUGAUGUUUACACCUGGGAAGAGGAAGGCUUUCAUAGACAUACGGGUGCUCACCCAGGACGAAAACCCGAAACCCACGGAGCACCGCCAUCACCCGGCUGCGGUGGCAUCGCAGCGCCUCCAGGUGCCGCUGUUGGCCGACGUGGAGAGGCACUGGAGCCGAAGCCGCAGCUGCCUGCCCCUGCAGGCUGCUCGUUCUCCUGGCGCCGGCCAGAAGAGCACCGGCACCGGCAACAGAGAGCGGCAGGAGGGAAGAGCGCGGCGAGCACUGUCGAGAAUGGCGAGCAGGCAGAGGCAGAGCCGGCGGCCAGCAGCCGGCCGAGUGCUGCUGCCCGCUUUGCUGCUGUGCUGGUGCUGCCGGGCGGCGUCGGAGAGGCUCCGCUACGCCAUUCCCGAGGAGCUGGGCAGAGGCUCGCUGGUGGGGCCGCUGGCGCGGGACCUGGGUCUGAGCCCGGAAGAGUUGCCGGCACGCAAGCUGCGGCUGAGCGCCGCGAAGCAAUACUUUACCGUGAGCGGGGAGAACGGGAACCUGUACGUGAGCGAGAGACUGGACCGGGAGGAAAUGUGCGGCGAGUCGGCGACCUGCUCGGUCAGCUUCGAGGCGGUGGUGCAGAACCCGCUCAACGUUUUCCACGUCGACGUGGCCAUCCAUGACGUAAACGACAACUCGCCGGCCUUCAGCAAGGAUACUCUGGACAUCGAAAUUGGUGAAUGGAUCCCUCCUGGUACUUCUUUUCCCCUGGAGAUGGCCCGAGAUACGGACUUAGGCAGCAACUCGCUACUGACUUAUCAGCUCACUAUCAACCCGUCCUUUAGCCUGGCUGUCAAGGAGACCCCCCGCGGAAAGAAGCAGCCGGAAUUAGUCCUUGAGAGAGCAUUAGACAGGGAGAAGCAGAGCUCUUUUCAACUAGUGCUGACGGCGGUAGAUGGCGGAGAUCCCGUGAGGUCCGGCAUGGUCCAGGUUUGUGUCAAUGUGACGGACGCCAACGACAACCCGCCCGUUUUCAAUAAAAGCGUCUACGAGGCUCGAAUGCGGGAGAAUCUGCCUGCGGGGUCGCUUGUGCUGCGAGUGCACGCCACAGAUGCGGACGCGGGCUCUAACGGGCGUGUCUCCUACACCUUCGGCAACGUCCCGGAUGACGUCCGCUCGUUGUUCAGCAUCGACGUUGCCACUGGCGAAGUCAGGACGUCGGGACACCUCGACUUCGAGCAGAAGACCAAAUACAGCUUUGGCCUGGAGGCGAAAGACGGCGGCGGGCUAAGCGGUUACUGCGAAGUGCAGAUAGACAUAAGCGACGAGAACGACAACGCGCCCGAAAUCACGGUACUGUCGGUAUCGAGCCCGGUGCCCGAGGACUCGCCGGCCGGAACGGUGGUGGCCCUGCUGCACGUGAAGGAUCCGGACUCUGGGGAGAACGGUCAGGUGUGGUGCGAGCUGUCGGGCGAGGCGCCGUUGUCUCUGGUGGCAUCAUCUGGCGGCUCGUACAAGGUGGUGACGGCGAGCGCGCUGGACCGGGAACAGGAGUCCGAGCACAGGGUGACGGUGGUGGCGAGGGACCGGGGCAGCCCGGCGCUCUCGAGCAGCACGGUGCUGGUGCUGGAGGUGUCGGACGUGAACGACAACGCGCCGGUGUUCGAGGAGGCCGCCUACAGCGCCUACGUGGCGGAGAACAACGCGGCGGGCGAGCUGGUGCUGCACGUGAGCGCGCGAGACGUGGACGCAGGCAGCAACGGGCGCGUGAGGUACUCGAUGGAAGGCGGCAGCGCGGGCGCGCCCCCGUACGUGUCGGUGGAGGCGCAGAGCGGCGCAAUGUACGCGCAGCGCUCCUUCGACUACGAGCAGUGCCGCGAAUUCGCGGUGGUGGUGCGGGCGCAGGAUGGCGGGGAACCGGCGCGGAGCUCGACAGCGACGGUGCGCGUCUUCGUGUUGGACCGCAACGACAACGCGCCGCGGGUGCUGUGGCCAGCAGCGGCGGGUGCAGGGGCAGACCCGGGACUGGCGUCGGCUGCGGUCCCUUUCGAGAUGGUGCCUCGGUCGGCCGAGGCCGGGUACCUGGUGGCCAAGGUGGUGGCGGUGGACGCGGAUGCGGGGCGCAACGCCUGGCUGUCGUACGAGCUGGUGCAGGUGCCGGAGCCGGCGCUGUUCCGCGUGGGGCUGCACAGCGGCGAGGUGCGCACGGCGCGGGCCGUGUCGGACAGGGACGCGGCGAAGCAGCGGCUCGUGGCCGUGGUGAAGGACCACGGGCAGCCGGCGCUGUCGGCCACGGCCACGCUGCACGUGGUGCUGGCCGAGAGCUUGCAGGAGGCGCUGCCGGAGCUGAGCGAGCGGGCGGCGGGCGCCGACUCGGCGGCGGAGCUGCAGUUCUCCCUCGUGCUGGCGUUGGCUCUCCUGUCCGCGCUCUUCCUGCUGAGCGUGGCGUUGGCCGUGCUGGCGAGGAGCCGCCGAGCCGGGCCGCCCGCCGUGCUGCGCUGUCUGGGCGCACAGCGCUUUUCCGGGGACGGCGCUGUCGCCGCCUUCCCUGCCGACUUCUGCGAGGGCACCUUGCCCUACUCCUACAACCUGUGCGUGGCUCCCGGGCGCGCCGUCGCCGAAGCCGCUUGGCCACCGCCGCCGCUGCCCGUGAAGGAGCUUCUCUGUGGGAAGCCCUGCGGGGAGAGGAGCCUGAUCAGCAACCCUGGCGAUGGAGAGCCGCCCUCGAAGCCCGACGCACCGCAGCAAGCUCAGCCUAACACAGACUGGCGUUUCUCUCAGACCCAGAGACCUGGAACCAGUGGCUCCCAGAAUGGAGAGGAAGGUGGAGCCUGGCCGAACAACCAGUUUGACACGGAGAUGCUCCAAGCCAUGAUCCUGGCUUCAGCAAAUGAAGCUGCUGAUGGCAACUCAACGCUGGGUGGUGGAACGGGCACCAUGGGGCUGAGCGCCCGCUAUGGCCCCCAGUUCACCCUGCAGCACGUCCCCGAUUACCGGCAGAACGUCUACAUCCCGGGCAGCACCGCCACCCUCACCAACGCUGCCGGCAAGCGCGAUGCCAAGAACGCCGGUGCUUCAGGAGGCAACAAGAAGAAGUCCGGGAAGAAGGAGAAGAAGUAGAGAAGAAGAAGGAGACCUUAGAGCCACAGGGCAGCCGGCUCCAGCACUCCCUCAACCCACAGCUCAGGCCAGAGGACGAAUGUGAAUUGGUUGUGAUGCUAAAAGUAGGAAACACUGCGAAUGUAUCUCCUCAUCAUCAUCAGAGCUAGGAGCAGGGUCUCGCUGCUGUUAGAUCUCAUGAUGAAAACCAAUCCGGAAGCUAAACCGAACGCAAACAAGUGCCCUGUGAAUACUUGCUAAUGUUUUAUACGAUCCCUUGGGUGUUAGAAUAUGCAAGGGCAGAAGGUCUUCUGCCACAUCUUCGGAUCCGAUUUGCUCCCAGAUAGUCCUAGAAAGGCACAAGGCUUGUGCUUGGCUUUGCCUAGUGUAAAUAAUUCUAGCAGGGAUCUUUUAAUUUAUAGACCUUCAAUCAUUUUUUCUUUGGAAAGGAAGUUCCUAGCUUAGAGCCCAUGCUCCAGAUCUUUGCUCUUAAACUUUCCAUUAGUAAAAUUCACACCCGGUUAAUGAUAGCGAUGGAUUUGUUGCUGAGAAGUUGGUAGGGAGUGCUUCAGUUCCUGCUUCCCUGUUACCUGGAAAAAGUGUUUAUAUUGCAUGAGUCAAAAGGAAUACGGCAAAGCUGCAUCCUAAACAUUUAUUUUCUUGUUUUAAAGUGCAACCACUGAUGGCCUGAAAUAUGAGAUUAAAACCCCCCUCUUGAUGUCAGAUGUAGGGAAUUCAAUGAGGAGCAUGCCGAGGUGUGCGGCAGCUGCCCCAGCGGUUCUAGGGGGUCUCUGAAGAGCAGACACAUCUCAUCCCUUCUUUGCAGUAAAUAUUUAUAUGUACAGUCAAUGUUCUUCUGGAAUUAAAGCUAAGAGAGUCUCACUCCCCUGUGGCCAGGUGGCCAUCUGGCCAAGUCCCCAUCAAGGGGACCAGGGGACGAUGCUUCACGCUUCUGCACACCGUUUCUGCAUGCACAUCCUUCACCUCACGCCUGCGCUAGCGCAGUUAGCUCCAUGGACCCAGAGAAGUCCUCGCAUGCCCAUGCAGCGUGGUGUGAACAGCCCCUCUGUGCUGGGGCUGCUUUGGGAGGGGUGGGGUGGGUGGGAUGGGUGAAAUGGGAUGGGGAAAUUCAUCACUUCUUAUUUGGGGGUUAUUCGGGGUCUCAGCCAAAGGGGGAGAUCUGCGGAGCUGCUGGCGCAUGGCUUUGAGAGUUAGUGACUGAGUAAGUGAUGGUUUGUUCGAUGGUGUUUGGGGACCGGACCUGGGAAAGGGAGUCAAGAGCUGGGGGUGAGCAUGGGGUGAUGCUGCAAAGCUGGCGAGCCAGGGCAACAAGGUGGGGAUGUUACAAGGGACCAUGGCAAGCCAGCCCAGAUGAGAUGUUUCCACUGGCUUUGGGCUUUCCACCCUCCGUAGGGAAUCAAAGGAUGAGGAAUAGAGUUUCUCCAUAUACCCAUAACCCUUGCACCAGGCCAGCUUCCCAUAUCAAAGCAGCUCUGAGCCCCCCCCCAGGUUGGCAAAGUGGGGCUUUGUGUAGCCAGAGCAAGGAGAGGGGCUGUGGGGUGGCCAGGAAGGGGGUUCCUAGGGGGGGUGUGUUGUUUUUUCCCAUUUUAACCACUAACUCAUAACUCACCCAGAUCCAGCCCUCUCAGCCAGGCUGCAGCCACCCCACCACUGCCCCCUCCCCAAACCCAGGGCAGCAGGAGCAUCUGCUGUUGUCCUUCCGGAUCCAGCCACCUCCAGCACUGGCUGCACUGGGAGCAGUUCCCACCCUGUCCCCUGCAGCUGCCACCUGCCCCCCCUCUAGAAAUGCUGUAGCUGAAUCGUAGUCUUUAUAUUUCUUUUUAACCUGCAACCCGAGGUAGCGUAGUGAGUGUUGUGUAUUUAGUGCUGUGCUCUUUUUAAUCUUGGUAACUAACUCGUGGCCACCAGUAUUUUCAAUUCUCUGUAUCUUCUUUCCAUGUGCUCUGUGCUCCGAGUGUACGUGAAAUGAACACGUUUGCCCUUUCAAUGUGUCUAAUAUUGAAUUAUACUUAUAUAUUAUAUAUAUGCUUAUAUCCUUCUUAUACCCGUAUAGACCAACGUCGAUGUGUUACACGCAAGUUUUAUACUCUAAUAUUUAUAUGGCUUUUUUUUUCUUUGGGAAAAAAAAAAUAAUAAAAUGGUUUCUUCUGAA